CUUUCACGAGCGCCAGUCAGUCUGUGGAGAAUUAUGGACGCGAGUAAUUUGGAGGCGAUGGAGAUCAGACUGAUUCCUCUAUGGUUGCCGCAUUCCGAGCGCGAGCCGCCUUUGAAGAUGGGAACAAUAACGGAGCGGCUCCAGUCGGUUGGGACAGUUUCCUGCUCCCACAGUUUCACUAGUAAUUCAUGCAAAGCAUCAACAAGAGCAGAGCCUCCAAAUUUGAAGAGGGCUGGAGGAAGAUCAUCUGGUCCCGCGGCUUUGUUCAACUUCAACAGUCCGAUCUCACGUUCGACUUCUGAGCGAGAGGGUGGAUCCAAAGGGACAGCCCACGGAGCGGGGCGAUCAGUGACCGGCGAAUCGAACAAUUCUUGCCGAUUAAAUUGCUUUUCAAAAUGCUCAGCCCAACGCUCCAGACGUUUUGACAAAUUGUGGAUAGGCUGUCCACUCUCGUCACGUAUAGUUUCACUAACACCAGGUCUCCUGCUGCCCGUUUCCCGUAUCAGACGGAAUAACUUACGAUGGUUGCCAAGGGCAGCGGCCACUUCCAUCUCUGACGCACGAUGAGACCACCAAGAUUCGCGGUCUC